AUCAUUCUCCCCUUCCGCUCUCCAAUUUCAAAAUCUCAAUUCUCCAAACCCCAACCCCAACCCCAACCCCAAAUCCCCCAACUCCGGCACCGGAAAUGCGGCGCGGCGGCGGCGGAGGGGGCAGGCGCCUCCCGAAGUCCUCCCUGGCGCCCUCGGCGGCGUCGGAUCGCACCCCGCUGCUGGAUCCCCACGUCCUCCACCCGCGCAACCUCGACCUCGCCUUCUCCCGCCGCGACUCCGACGCCGCCAGCCUCUGCAGCAGCCGGCCGUCCUCCAUCGGCACGGGCCCUUCGUUCGCCGCCCCCGUCACCAACUUCUCCGACAGGGCCUCCCAGGCGGCCGCCCUCCGCGUCGUCAACGCCUACCUCGCCCCCGCCGUCAGCCUCCGCCCGCCUCUCCCCUCCGCCAAGGACAUCGUCGCCGCCUUCCGCCACCUCUUCGAGUGCCUCGACUUCCCCCUCCACGGCGCGUUCGAGGACGACCUCCUCUUCGUCCUCCGCGUCCUCCGCUGCCCCUUCAAGCUCACCCGCUCCGCCCUCAAGGCCCCCGGCACCCCGCACUCCUGGCCGCCGCUCCUCUCCGUCCUCUACUGGCUCACCCUCCUCGUCAACUCCAGUGAGAGCGGCGCCGGCGGCGACGACUCUCCUGCCGCCUCAAAUGACCUCAUGCUCUACAUUACCAACAGCUACUCGCUGUUCAUCUCUGGGGACGAUGAUUCGGUCGCGUCUCUCGACGAGGAGUACUCCUCCAAAGCCCGUGCACAUGCGCAGGCAGCCGUCGAGGCCUCACAGGCGCUGGAGAAGGAGGCACUGGAUCUGGAGUCCAAGAGGACUAAGCUCACCUCAGGACCCUCGCGGCUGGAGGCACUGCAGGCAGAGAAGGAGGCCCUCACUGCCGACGUGGAGAAAUUUGAAGCGGUUGUGAAGAGUUGGACAGUGAAGAUACAGGAGAAGGAAGAGUCAUCUGUACAUUUGGAGAAGGAAUUGGAGGCCAAGCUGAUGGAUCAACAGCGGAUAGCAGCUGAAAACGAGGAGCUGAUGAAGAAGGUGGACGCACAGGUUGUGAAUGUGAGAGAUGUCGAUCGGAUGCAGAGGGAGAUCCAGUCAGUGGAGCGUGACAAUGUCAAGUUGGAGAAUGGGAAUGCGACAUUGGAGGAGAAGGGUUGGGAGCUCGAAGCUGCGGUGGUUGGGAAGCUUGAGGAGAUUGAGGGACUUGUGGAGCAGUGCAACCAGGCCCUCAGAAAAUUGAAACCUGGUAUUGAUUUCCAGUACAUGCUAAACACAAAAGCGUCCUCCCCGGUUGAACUGCUAGGAACCAGUUACAAAACUAUUAUGAAACCUGCACUCAAUUCUCUUGCUGACGAGGCUAGAAGGAUAUCCAUCUUAAAGCAUGAUGAGUCAGUUGAGCUAGAAAAACAGUCACAACGAAAUGCUAAAAUUCUGUCUGAGAAAAAGAACCAUAUUUCAGUUUGUCAGACCAAAACUGAUGAGAUGGUUGCUCGAUUGGAUUCACUGGAUGUUGAAAUUGGGAAUCAUGUUUCAAGAUGUAAGGCUGAUGCUAGACUAAUGAAAGAUGAGCUGGAGAAAAAGGAUCACCACCUGAGUACUGUUGAGAAGGAGUCAGAAGAAUUUUUAAAGAUCUCCGAAAAGAAGCUUGAAGAUGCAAAAAGGGAAACUGAUGAAGAAAUUCAGAUGUGCGCCAGAGAACUGCUGAAACUUAUUGAUUCGGUUACAGAGUACAAAGAGUUCAUGGAAACAUCAAUAUCUGGGAUGAGGAAAGACCUUUAUGAAACCGUCGACGACAUCUCUUCUUUGGCAUCCAAGGCAGCAUCUACCCGCCAAACUUCUGCUCAGUUUGUAAUGUGAUUAUGUGAAGAAAGCUCUUCACGGAAGUGUUAGCUCCCAAGUGAUCUCUUCCUUCCUACGCCUGAGAUAUUUAUACCUCUUGGAGCUCUUGUACGCAUGUGCCAUCCUGUUAAUAUAAACUAGGUGAGUAUUCCUUAGAUUGCAAUGGAAAUAGGAUAUUAUUUGCUUUCCAACUCUUGUGCAUGUUGAUUAAAAUAGAAAUGUUUUUGUUGGGCCUGCAUGCGUGAGGUACUGUUUGCUGUUGAAAUCAAUCUGGUGUGGUAUUCUGGUUUCCAAAAUACAUACCUACUCCCUCGGUUUCAAAUUA